AUGGCAGAAGAGUUCUGCGGAAUGCUUCGAAAGACAGCCAUGAAGAUAAUACUUACUCAGGCGUCCUCCCAGACUGGAGGAUUGAUUUUAUUUUUUAAAUAUCAAGGUGACCAUGCUGUUCUGUGUGUCAGAAUCAAGAAUGUAGCAGUAGCUGUGACAAAAGAAGCUAGACUUCACCUGUUUCAAGCACAGGAAUGGCAGAAGCUGCAGAACAGUAUCCAAGAUCACAGCUGUACAGAGACGUUCUCUAAAGCUCAGCUGACAAUGACUGUGAACCACACAGAGCAAAAUCUGACAGUCUCACAGGUUCCUUAUCCGGAAACAUGGUAUGUGUUUUAUGUAGACAAGUUUACCUGCGAGGAGAAUUAUUCUGAAUCCGAGGAUAUUCAGUUUGAAAUGGUCUUACUAAACCCAGAUGCAGAAGGGAAUCCAUUAGAUCACUUUAGCGCAGGGGAAUCUGGAUUACAUGAGUUCUUUUUCCUGCUUGUCCUAGCAUACUUUGUAACUGCUUGCAUAUAUGCACAGUCCCUAUGGCAAACAAUUAAGAAGCGUGGACCUAUGCAUACUGUAUUAAAGGUGUUGACAAUUGCAUUACUGUUGCAGGCUGGUUCAGCUUUUGCCAACUACCUGCAUUUCUCAAGUUAUUCUAAAGAUGGAAUAGGAGCACCUUUUAUGGGAAGUCUGGCAGAAUUGUGUGACAUAGUCUCACAGAUACAAAUGCUGUAUUUAUUGUUGAGUCUGUGUAUGGGCUGGACGAUAGGCAGAAUGAAGAAAUCUCAAGGCAGACCUCUUCAGUGGGAUUCCACUCCAACAUCUACUGGCAUUGCUGUAGUAGUUGUUGUUACACAGAGCUUUUUAUUAAUUUGGGAGCAAUUUGAAGAUACAAAUCACCACAGCUACCAUUCACACCAUGGUUUAGCAAGCGGAUUGCUUAUUGGCCUCAGAGUUUGCCUUGCUUUGUCACUGGCUGCUGGUCUUUACCAGAUCAUUACAGUGGAAAGAAGCACGUUGAAAAGGGAGUUCUAUAUCACCUUUGCCAAAGCCUGCAUUCUCUGGUUUUUGUGCCACCCAUGUCUUGCAACCAUUGCUGUAAUAUUCAGAGAAUAUCAAAGAGAAAAGAUUAUUACUAUAGGUGUUAUCCUCUGUCAGUGCAUCUCCAUGGUUAUCCUCUACAGACUUUUUCUAUCUCAUAGUCUAUAUUGGGAAGUAUCUUCGCUGUCAUCAGUGACAUUGCCACUAACAGUAUCCUCUGGACAUAAAAAUCGACAUCACUUCUGAGAUGUUUAGGAAGAAUACGUUAUGUAAUAAAUGUGCAAUAAUGACUUAAAUAUAAAGGUAUUUUUGUCACAGGUGUGUUACACAUUG